GGUAUCGACUCAUCGAUGCAUCGAUGUUUCCAUCGACGUCUCGGCACCUCUAUUAGUUUACGAGAAAAUAAAAACAAUAAUAUUCCUAGUGUUCGGCGGUGAAAAGGUGCCAAAAUGAUUCCCAAAAAGACAACGGUGAAGGAUUCACACAUUGUGAAGAUAGCCGUGGAGCGGGAGAACCACAUGGCGCAGUUGAUAAACUUGGAUCAAAGGCAUCCUUUAGCAAGUAAAAUCCAGGAUAUCUGUAGUGGCUGGGGAAUUAGCGAUCACCAAAACUACGCCCUGCAGUUCUGCGAGUCCAACAACCAGAAGUACGUAACCGAAAAGAACCGGAAUGAGAUCAAGAAUGGCUCCGUUCUCCGCCUGCAGUAUUCUCCUUCAAAGACCGCCAGCGACACGAUGGAAACACUUUUGAAUGGCAGCCCCCAGGACAAAGUUCAGGUUCUCAAAGAGCUCACCCCGCUGAGCAUGGACCACACCUUCGCGUUGGAGUUUAUAAAGGAAAAGGGCCUGGACACUCUUAUCAAAAUGAUCGAGGACGUGAACCAAACCAAUGAGGAGAUACUCAAGUACAGCCUGUCAAGCUUUGUAGAGCUAAUGGAACACGGCACUGUAUCCUGGGAGGUGCCUGAAAACUCUUUUGUGGCCAGAAACAUCGAAAUAGUUCGCAAUUUCCAGAAGUAUCCAACCAGCUGUGGAGAGAGCGCCCUAUCCAACCUGGAAAACAUAGUCCAGUGUAGCAGCAAGCAUGUCCUGGUAGCAGAGGACAUUAAACUUCAAGACAUCCUGCGUCUUCUGCAAGAGGUCAAUUCGCCCGUGAUGCGCCAGAACGCUAUUGCCCUGUUGAAUGCGCUCUUUUUGAAAGCUGACGAAUCGCGACGCAGGACGAUUGCGCACACCAUUAGUGCCAAGCAGUUCCGUCACGCUCUCAACCAUUCUGGGAAUGGUUUGGGUACCGAAAUGACCCACCAGCUUUACGUUUUGCAGACUCUGACACUUGGCUUACUGGAGAAGCGAAUGCGUACUAAAAUGAAUGCCCAGGACCAGGAUGCCCACGAGAAGAUCAAGGAGUUGCGGCGCAUCGCUUUUGACGAGACUAAUUCCCAAAACCCCAACGACGAACAUGUUCGACGUGGCGGCGGCUCUGGAGCUGGCAACGUCAACUUUUCGCAGCAUUACAAGAAGCUCGGCUUUAAAUGUGACAUCAAUCCGGCACAGGACUUUAUGGAAACGCCUCCAGGCGUUCUGGCUUUGGAUUGUAUGGUUUAUUUUGCUCGCAAUUACACGCCGCAAUACAUGAAGAUAUUUCGGGACAAUCGCGCCGAUGAGCACGAGUGUCCGUUUGGUCGGACCUCCAUCGAGUUGGUGAAGGUGCUGUGUGACAUCUUGCGCAUCGGCGAACCACCUGCUGAACAGUCCGGUGACUUCCAGCCCAUGUUUUUCACUCGUGACCACCCCUUUGAGGAGUUCUUCUGCAUUUGCGUAAUCACUCUGAAUCGCACUUGGUCCGAUAUGCGUGCCACUGCCGAAGAUUUUUCCACUACAUUCAGCGUGGUGCGAGAGCAGAUCCAGCGCACCCUCAAAUGCAGGCCAGAGAGUCUUGAGGACUUCCGGAAUAAAAUAAGUUUGCUUACGUACCAGCAGAUUACGGCACUCCGUCAGCAGGAACGCACAUCCAAGGAGGAGUGCGACUCCACAGCCUCAGCAAUUGUCAGGCUUAAAGAGAAAAUUUCGCCCCAUAUUCUGGAUUUGAUUAAACAACAGCGUUUGUCGUUUUUAGUGGAAGGGACCCGUUUUGCCAAGUAUUCUCGUGGAACCCGAACGAAGGACAAAUUUUGGUAUGCACGUCUUUCUCCCAACCACAAGGUUAUCCACUAUGGUGAAUGUGACGAGAAGAACAUACCCACCUUGGAGGAUUUACCCAAAAAGUUGCCCAUCAGCGAAAUUAAGCAGCUGCUCGAGGGCAAGGAGUGUCCUCACAUGAAGGAGACCCGCAUACGAAAGUCUGCCGUAAAUCUGGCCUUUUCCAUAACUUUUGAGAACAUGGAGCACUCUACAUUGGACUUUGUUGCGCCGGAUGAGAGUAUCUUUAACUACUGGACUGACGGGAUAAAUGCCCUACUAGGUCAGCCGAUGGUCAGCAAACAAAAGAACGAAGACUUUGAUACCCUUUUGUCUAUGGAAAUUAAACUGCGCUUGUUGGACACUGAAGGUGUGGACAUCAGCAAGGAUCCACCACCCAUUCCCGAGGAUCCCGAGAACUAUGACUUCUGCUUUGAGAGCUAAGCAUUCAACAAUUUAUACAUUGAUUCACUCUAGACUCCCAUCACCCAAGAUACAUGCCAAAGUGUACCCACUACAUACAUAUAUUCUCCGAUCUGAUCUUCUGCUAGUAUUACUUGUGCAAUUCCCGAAACAUACAAAGUGAACAAUCUGGAGCGGGCACUCGCCUAGCCAUUUAGUGAACAUUUACACCAUUUAUUAUUAUAUUAGGUAUAUAAUAUAGAGAUCAUUAAAUAACACAUUUUAUACAUAACAAUUUUGUACAAAAACUAA